UGUUGGACUGUCCCAUCUGCCAGAAGCCCGUCAAAGACAGCAAGAUCAACGAGCACCUCGACAGCGACUGCAGGGACCACCUCGCCGACCAUGAGCCGGUGAGGACGCACAGCUUCUUUACGGCCACCCAGCGCCAGAAGCCUCCAUCGCCGUCGCCGCCGCUGCCAACAGCGACACAAGGCGUCCACAGGGCGAAAACACCACCAAAACGAUCACAUGAUGAGAUGAACGAAGACGAAACGAACGGCGAACUGUCGCCGGCGGCGGUGAAGAGACAGCGCCGACUGAAGGCAGUCGAGGAUGCAAUGCCGCUGGCUGAGCGCAUGCGGCCAACAUCACUUGACGAUGUGUGCGGCCAGGAUCUGGUUGGUCCCGGGGGCAUCUUGCGCGGUAUGGUCGAGGAAGGGCGGCUGCCAUCGAUGGUCCUGUGGGGGAGGCCAGGCACAGGAAAGACGACGAUUGCGCGCCUCAUCGCCAACACGUCAGGCGCACGCUUCGUCGAGAUCAACAGCACCAGCACGAAGCUAGAGGAAGUGAGGAGGAUCUUUGGAGAGGCUGCAAGGGACCUGCAUCUGACCGGCCGCAAGACAAUCGUCUUCUGCGACGAGCUGCACCGCUUCUCCAAGACACAGCAGGACGCCUUCCUGGGGCCUGUCGAGUCCGGCACCAUCACCCUGAUUGCAGCGACCACCGAGAACCCGUCCUUCAAAGUCAUCUCUGCGCUGCUGAGCAGAUGCCGCACAUUCACCCUCGACGACCUGCGCGAACAAGACCUGCUACGCAUCCUCCAGCGUGCCCUAGCCACAGCAUCCACCACCACCACCACCACCACCUCCUCCUCCUCCUCCUCCUCCUCCCCCCUCCUCGACGACGAGAUGCUGACCUACUUCGCCCGCUUCUCCGACGGCGAUGCCCGCACAGCGCUGAACCUUCUCGAUCUCGCCAUCAGUUUGUCCAAGAGCGCCGACAUGACCAAGCAGAAGAUCCAGCAGUCCCUCACAAAAACGCUGGUCUAUGAUCGGGCAGGCGACCAGCACUACGACACCAUCUCCGCCCUGCACAAGUCCAUCCGCGGCUCUGACGCCGACGCUGCACUGUACUACCUCGCGCGCAUGCUGCAGUCUGGCGAGGAUCCGCGGUACAUCGCGCGCAGACUGGUAGUCGUAGCAUCUGAAGACGUGGGACUAGCAGACAACACAAUGCUCUCUCUCGCAACAGCGACAUACGAAGCAUGUGAGAAGAUUGGAAUGCCCGAGUGCAGGAUCAAUCUUGCGCAUUGUGUCACGGCGCUCUCGCUAGCGAAGAAAAGUACAAGAGCAUACAGAGGACUCAACGCUGCAAUGCAGGUCCUCAGAGAGCCCGGCAUGGCUGCCCUGCCUAUUCCGCAUCAUAUACGCAACGCGCCGACAAGGCUGAUGAAGGAGAUGGGCUAUGGAGAGGGGUACAAGUACAAUCCCGAGUACCUGAAUGGCAGGGUGAAGCAGGAGUACCUACCGGAGGCGCUGCGAGGAAGGUCAUUCUUGGAUACCAUCGACUUUGGGAGCAAGCGAGAUCCGGAUUUAGAGGCCGAGCUGACGGCGGAUGAGGAUGAGGAUGAGGAGGACGAUGGUGAACUAAGGCCUGAGGUGGACGAUCGGGUACCGACAUCACCUGUUCUGGAGUAGCAAGCUACCCAUGUUGGCAUACGAAGGAGCUCGUUUCUAUUGACCACUGGGCCAUCAACUGAGCAGGAUACCACACCUGGAUAUGACGGUGGCAAGAUCUAUGAACGAGCGAUCUCUGGCCGGACGGGUUGCAGUCUCCAACUACCUACUUAAUGAUUUGAGAGUCUUUUCAGAUUUCACUGAAGCCGUCCUCAGUCUUCCA